AAGCACUGAAAAUCAUACCCAAGAGAGUGCAGCAAUUGCCCUCUAAACCCAUCAUAAGUUCAACAACCUACUCUCUUUUGUUCAAGAAAAUCCUCAAUUUAGAGGGGGAUAUUGGAAAAUCUAUAUAAAAAAAAUGACGAUGGGUGAUGGUGCUGCCAAAUUAAACAAUCACCAAGUCUUUGAUGUCUCCAUUGGCAUGCCUGGACAAAAUCCUUCUACAUGUUUUGACGAUGAUGGUCGUCCCAAGAGAACAGGAACUGUUUGGACUGCAAGUGCACAUAUUAUAACAGCAGUAAUAGGAUCAGGAGUGUUGUCCUUAGCAUGGGCUAUAGCUCAGCUAGGUUGGAUUGCUGGUCCAGCAGUUAUGUUCUUAUUUUCCUUUGUAAUUUACUACACUUCCACACUUCUUGCUGAUUGUUACCGUUCUGGUGAUCCUAUUUCUGGCAAGAGAAAUUAUACUUACAUGGAUGCUGUUAGAUCAAAUCUUGGUGGUGCAAAGGUUAAAUUUUGUGGAAUAAUUCAGUAUGUGAAUCUCUUUGGAGUUGCUAUAGGAUACACAAUUGCAGCUUCUAUCAGCAUGAUGGCAGUCAAAAGAUCAAACUGUUUCCAUAAAAGUGGAGGGAAAAACCCAUGUCACAUGUCAAGCAAUCCAUAUAUGAUUGGUUUUGGAAUUGCAGAAAUCUUAUUUUCUCAAAUUCCUGAUUUUGAUCAAAUAUGGUGGCUAUCAAUUGUUGCAGCAGUCAUGUCUUUCACUUACUCUUCCAUUGGUCUUGCUCUAGGAAUUGUUCAAGUUGCAGCUAACAAGACAUUCAAGGGUAGUUUCACUGGGAUCAGCAUAGGAUCAGUUACUGAAACACAAAAGAUAUGGAGGAGCUUCCAAGCCCUUGGUGAUAUAGCCUUUGCUUAUUCUUUCUCCAUCAUUCUUAUAGAAAUACAGGACACAGUGAGAUCACCUCCAGCAGAAUCGAAAACAAUGAAGAAAGCAUCAUUCAUAAGCAUAGCAGUGACAACAGUAUUUUACAUGCUGUGUGGGUGUAUGGGAUACGCUGCAUUUGGUGAUGAUGCACCAGGAAAUUUACUUACAGGUUUCGGUUUCUACAACCCAUUCUGGCUGCUUGACAUAGCCAAUGUAGCAAUAGUAAUCCACUUAGUAGGAGCAUACCAAGUUUAUUGUCAACCUCUGUUUGCAUUCAUUGAAAAAUGGGCAUCCCAAACAUGGCCCGAUAGCGAUUUCAUCACAAAUGAAAUCAAACUAAAAGUACCGGGUUUUAGGCCUUACAAUCUAAAUCUGUUUCGGCUGGUAUGGAGAACAAGUUUUGUUAUUGCAACGACUCUUAUAUCGAUGCUCCUUCCUUUCUUCAAUGACAUCGUAGGACUCCUUGGAGCACUCGGGUUUUGGCCUUUAACAGUUUAUUUUCCGAUUGAAAUGUACAUCAAACAAAAGAAGGUACCGAAGUGGAGUACAAAAUGGAUAUGUCUCCAAAUGUUGAGUAUGGCAUGUCUAGUGAUUUCGAUUGCUGCUGCAGCUGGAUCUAUAGCCGGAGUUGUUCUAGAUCUUAAGGUGUAUCGUCCUUUCAAAACUAGCUAUUAAAUCGGUAUGAUUCCUUGGACCGAUUCAUGUAGGAGAGUAGUUUAUGAAUUUGUAUUUCAAUGUCCAUGGAUGAAACAUGAAGUUCAUGGAUGGUACAGUUGUGUUUUUUCCUUGUUUACUUCUCUUGUUCAUGUUGUAAGUUGUAACAAAGCUUGUUAUGUUCCUAAGAAGGAACUUUUAUGUGUAUUAAGUUUAAUCUUAGUCUUGUAAUUGAUUAUGAAUUGAGUAUUCAUUACUCUAUUAUUUUGUUAA